CAACAACCCUUCCCCACUUCACAAACACGGCUUUACCGCAAUGGGUGCUAAUGGAAAAACAGGCCAUAAAACCCUUUGAUGUACCCACCAUAAUGUGGCUUCCUAAAAAAUUUCGACCAGAAACUCCACAGAUGCCAUCGCAGCUAAAAAUAGCAGUCAGGGCUUGGGACAAGCUUAGACAUAAACUGGUAACCCCUCUAUCACCAGCCACCCCGCUCAACACUAUCACAUACUGCAUCCCAACCUUCAACGCCAAACCAUGGAUAGCUAAAGGGGUCACACAUCUGCACCAAAUACUUGCGCAUAACAAACUAAAAACCUUCCCAACUCUCCAAAAGGAAUUCCACAUACCAGAGGCCUCCCAAUUCUCUCAUAUACAGUUAAGCUCAUUCAUACGUAAACACACAGAGAAGUCCUCCGCCCCAGAUGACAACCCCCUCGGUAUGACGAAAUGGGAACAAACAACCACUAGAGGUUCAUGGGCACCGACAUUUAAGCCACUAUCCUGGUGUUAUCAACUCAUCCGACCCACACAACACUUUGCAGAUUCCAAUCCAGCCAAGCACUGGGCACAAGACCUACAAUGCCACAUAAGUAAAGAUCAGUGGGAGCGGGCUAUAGUGACGACCAAAAAACUAAUUAAGUCGGAG